AUGGCAGGUGCCGCACGCGCUUCCUUGAACCGUGGCCUUGCCGUUGUGGGUUUAGGCGGUGCGGCAGCAGUGACAUUCAUGCUACAAAACGCGUACAACAGCAGCGCAGAUUGUACUGCUGAGAAUGCUCCGAAUUUGAAGACCACAUUGUCUUCCACGAUUAACAUCGAGGACCUUGACCCAGCUGCGGUGAGCGACACAAGCAAGCCCAUGUCGGAGCGCAUGACUACCUAUGUCCGGCUUGUGCAGAAGAAGCUGGUGGAAUCCAUCCAGGGCUUAGAGAACACGGGUAGCGCGAGCGGCUCUCCUGCGCAGUUUUUGGUCGAGUCUUGGAAACGCAAGGAAGGUGGUGAGGGUAUUUCUUGCGUCUUGCAGGAUGGGAUUAUCUUUGAGAAGGCGGGCGUCAAUGUGAGUGUCGUGUACGGAAACCUCCCUUCUGCUGCAAUUCGUCAAAUGUCUGCAGAUCACGACGGUAUUCUUCAGAAGUUGGGCUACAAUGUCGGUGGCGAUGACGCAGACGUGGACGCGCUGCCCUUUUUUGCGACUGGCGUUAGCACCGUGAUUCACCCGCUGAACCCCUACGCUCCAACUGGCCACAUGAAUUUGCGCUACUUUGAAAUCAGGCACCCAAGAACACUUAAAAACGGACAGGUCAAUCCCCGCUACACAAAAAACGAGCCCGCUGCAUGGUGGUUCGGCGGAGGCUGUGACCUCACUCCGAACUACCUUAUUCCUGAGGACGCGCGAUACUUCCACGAGCAGAUCAAAUCUUCGCUUGAGAUGCAGGACCCCGCUUUUUAUCCUGCAUGGAAAAAAUGGUGCGAUAAGUACUUCUGGAUCGUACAUCGCAAAGAGAGCCGUGGCGUCGGCGGCGUAUUCUUUGACGACCUCACCCUCCCGUCCUGGAGCAAAGGCAAGAAGAGUUUCAUUCCAUUGUACAAUGGGGAGAAGAGCGUUGAUACACAGCUUGUUGGCGCCAAGCAGCACGACGAGAACACGCUGUUUGAGGCCGUCCAAGCGGUUGGCAACACGUUUAUCCCCGCCUACCUUACCAUUGUGCAGCGCCGCAAAGACUUGUUGUUCAACCAUUUCAACAAGGACUGGCAGCGUCUUCGCCGGGGUCGUUACGCCGAGUUCAACUUGGUGUACGACCGCGGCACCAAGUUUGGACUCCAGACUCCUGGCGCGCGCAUGGAGAGUAUACUGAUGAGUCUUCCGCCCCAGGCUACGUGGAAAUACAUGGACGCCAUUUCUGGCACUGGACGUGAACAGUCUGAGGCUGCGACCAAAUUUAGCAUCGAGCAAGACCGCGCCUUUCCUCCCGAGGAAGUCGAGGCACGCCGCAAGAUGCAGGCCACAUUGGAAAACCCCCAGCAAUGGGUGUAA